AUGUUAAGAUCAUUUGUUAAACAAUCAGCAGGGAUUAGAGGAAGAGUCAAAUUUAAUGUUCCAAGAUUUGCUUCAACUUUGGCUUUUAUAGAGACUACAAAGGAAGGUACUGUUUCUCCAUCUUCUUUGAGUGCUUUAUCUGCUGCUGAAAAGUUAGGUCAACCUGUAACUGCUUUGCUAUUAGGUAAUGAAGCUAAGAAAGCUGUUGAUUAUUUAAAGUCAAAUUUAAAGUGUUCUAACUUGGAAAAAAUUAUUUUAUCUUCUGAUGAAUCAUUUGAUAAUUAUCUUCCUGAAAUAGUUUCACCAACAGUUGUAGACUUGUUGAAAAAUGAUAAAUUUUCACAUUUUGUAAUCUCUAGUUCAUCAGUUGGUAAAAAUGUUUUACCUCGUAUUUCUGCUCUGUUGGAUUACCAACCAAUUUGUGAUAUUACUGAAAUUAAAGAUCCAAACACAUUUGUUAGACCAAUAUACGCCGGUAACAUCAUCUCUACUAUCGAGUGUACUCAAGAUAAAAAAUUGAUCAGUGUUAGAGCUUCAGCAUUUGAUAAAAUCCCACAAGGUACAACGGAAAAUGUUGAAGUCGAAGAAAUCACUACUAAUGCUUCAGAGCUUAAACCACAAAUUGAAUGGGUAAGUGCUAAUAUAGUUAAAAGCGACAGACCUGACUUGGGUACCGCUUCUAGAGUCAUUGCAGGUGGUCGUGCUUUGAAAGAUAAAGAAACUUUUGAAAAUUUGUUAAACCCAUUAGCUUCCAAAUUGAAUGCAGCCAUUGGUGCCACAAGAGCUGCUGUUGAUACAGGGUUCUGUGACAACUCCUUGCAAGUUGGUCAAACCGGUAAAGUCGUUGCUCCAGAAUUAUACAUUGCAGUCGGUGUUUCUGGUGCAAUUCAGCAUCUAGCAGGUAUGAAGAAUUCCAAAGUAAUAGUUGCGAUCAAUAAUGAUCCAGAUGCUCCAAUCUUCAAAGCAUCAGAUAUUGGAAUUGUAGGUGACUUAUACGAAAUUAUUCCUGAAUUAACUGAAAAAUUAUAA